AUGGUUCGAAAGGAGAAAAUGGAAUUCAAGGGAACACACGGAGCUAAAGGUGACAAAGGAGAAAGGGGGGAUUUGGGAGCUCCUGGACUGAUGGGACCACCCGGAUUACCAGGACCUCCUGGUAGGCUUGGCCUGAAAGGAGAUAAAGGCAGUAAAGGGGAUCUGUCUUUGCUUCUGUCUCUGAAAGCAGUAAUAGUUGGGGACUGGUCUGGAGACUACUUGACCAAAGCUAUCAACAAAUCUUCACCUUGUCCUCACAGAGAACCUCACACUGACCCUCUUUCUGGAAUAAUGAUGUAUCAUAUGAAUGGUAGGCGACUGUCUUCCCUUAAUCUUUCUCCUUGGCAUUCUCACAGCUUAGCGUUAUGUUGUUUGGGUAUAGAGUUAGGAGUAG